AUGGGAAACCGGUUGCACAACCCGCUGCCUGCCUCGCUAGCUAGCGAGUGCAAAAAGGUCGCUGCGAUUCUCGAAUCAUUCAUCAACCCGAAACUCAAGAUCGAUGGAGAAAUCCCACGUAAGAUUUUUGUGGGAGCCAAGGGAAUCGCCGUAUUCACAGCCCUGAGAGUUGGAUUCCUGGGCUCUAUCCGCUUUGGCUCGGGCCUGAUUGUUGCCCGCCUCCCGGAUGGCAGCUGGUCCGCCCCGUCAGCCAUGGCAAUGGGUGGCUUGGGCGCUGGUGGUCAAUUUGGCGCAGAAUUGACGGAUUUCGUGUUCGUCCUCACUACCGAUGCAGCAGUGAAAACAUUCAUGCAGUCGGGAAACUUGACUCUUGGUGGAAAUAUAUCCAUGGCUGUCGGACCCAUUGGUCGGAGUGCCGAGGCUGGGGGAGUUGUGGGAACCAAGGGUGCGACUGGAGUAUUCGCCUACUCCAAGACCCGUGGAUUGUACGGCGGUCUUACUGUUGAAGGUGGUGUUCUUGCAGAGCGUGCGGAUGCAAACAAAAAGCUAUAUGGGCGGAAAAUUCGAGCAAGCGAGCUGCUGAGCGGCUCGGUUCCACCACCGCCUGAAGCAGAAGUCCUGAUCGAUGUUUUGAAUGGGGACUUUUUCCGUAUGGAAGGAACUGCGGAACCAACCUCGGAAGGCCCUGAGAACUUGCACGACCAACACCGCAGUGCUUCUGCACACAUCCCUGAUGGGCAAUCACAGGGAAUUUCGGCGCCUGCCGCUGAUCAGUUAGCAGUUGCCGGGCCAAGCGCAGAGCAUACGCCUGGAACUACGGGGUCACUCGCCAGAGAUUCCCACACUGUAUCCCAUGAGCGAGAUGCCCAAGAGAUAGCGCCUACUUCCGAAACUAAGCCAACUAUUAUGCAAGGCACCGAGGAAGCAACUAGAGAUACUGAAUUAUUCAGCACCACUACCCGCGAUGCACAUACCUCAAACGUGCAAGAGCCCAUAUCUACUGCUGAACAAGCUUCGGCUGUGGAUACGAGCACACAAUCGGUACCUAAAGGCAAAGAACCAGCAGCUUGA